CGCUGUGAGCUUGGAAAGCAGGGGCGCAGCCGCGGGGCGUGCAUCUGAAAGGUGAGAGCGAGAGCCAGCGAGCCGAGGGGGCGGGCAGGCCACGAAAAUGUCCUCGGCCGUGGGGCCCCGCGGUCCUCGCCCACCCACGGUGCCUCCCCCUAUGCAAGAACUGCCCGACCUGAGCCACCUGACCGAGGAGGAGAGGAACAUUAUCAUGGCAGUGAUGGACCGGCAGAAGGAAGAGGAGGAAAAAGAAGAGGCCAUGCUCAAGUGUGUUGUCAGGGACAUGGCGAAGCCUGCUGCCUGCAAAACACCCAGAAAUGCUGAAAGCCAGCCCCAUCAGCCACCACUGAGAUUGCAUCAACAGUUUGAAAGCUAUAAGGAGCAAGUGAGAAAAAUCGGAGAGGAAGCAAGGCGUUACCAGGGCGAGCACAAAGACGAUGCCCCAACAUGUGGAAUCUGUCAUAAGACAAAGUUCGCUGACGGAUGUGGCCAUCUUUGCUCGUAUUGUCGCACCAAGUUCUGUGCACGCUGUGGAGGCCGUGUGUCUCUGCGAUCGAACAAUGAGGACAAAGUGGUUAUGUGGGUAUGCAAUUUAUGUCGAAAGCAACAAGAAAUCUUAACCAAAUCUGGAGCAUGGUUCUUUGGAAGUGGCCCCCAGCAGCCCAGUCAGGAUGGGACUCUGAGCGACACAGGUACAGGUGCUGGAUCUGAGGUGCCCAGAGAAAAGAAAGCAAGACUCCAGGAGCGAUCGAGGUCUCAGACACCCCUGAGCACAGCAGCCGCCUCUUCCCAGAACACAGCUUCCCCUGGUGCACCCGUGGACAGGAGCAAAGGGGCUGAGCCUUCACAGCAAGCCUUGGGACCCGAACAGAAGCAGGCAUCAAGGUCUAGAAGUGAGCCACCAAGGGAAAGGAAGAAGGCUCCAGAGCAGAAUGGCAAGGGAGGCCUGAAGAGCGAGCGCAAACGCGUGCCUAAGUCCGCGGUGCAGCCCGGGGAGGGGACCGCGGAAGAGCGGGAGCGGAAGGAAAGGCGGGAAACCCGCAGGUUGGAGAAAGGACGCUCCCAGGACUACCCGGACCGGCCGGAGAAACGAGAGGAUGGCAGGGGGGCGGAGGACGAGAAGCAGAGGAAAGAGGAGGAGUACCAGACCAGGUACCGCAGCGACCCGAACCUGGCGCGCUACCCCGUGAAGCCGCCUCCCGAGGAGCAGCAGAUGCGCAUGCACGCCCGGGUGUCCCGCGCGAGGCACGAGCGGCGCCACAGCGACGUGGCACUCCCGCACACCGAGGCCGCCGCCGCGCCGGCCGAGGCCACGGCGGCGGGCAAGCGCGCGCCAGCCGCCACCAGGGCCUCUCCGCCCGAGUCCCCCCGCGCGCGCGCGCCCGCCGCCCAGCCUCCCGCCGAGCACGGCCCGCUGGCGCCACGGCCAGUCCCGGGUCCCGCAGAGCCGCCCGAGCCGCGCGUCCCCGAGCCGCUCCGUAAGCAGGGCCGCCUGGACCCGGGCUCGGCCGUGCUCCUGCGCAAGGCCAAGCGCGAGAAGGCAGAGAGCAUGCUGCGGAACGACUCGCUGAGCUCCGACCAGUCCGAGUCCGUGCGACCGUCCCCGCCCAAGCCGCACCGGCCCAAGCGGGGAGGCAAGAGGCGGCAGAUGUCGGUGAGCAGCUCAGAGGAAGAGGGCGUGUCCACCCCGGAGUACACCAGCUGCGAGGACGUGGAGCUGGAGAGCGAGAGCGUGAGCGAGAAAGGUGAUUUGGAUUAUUACUGGUUGGAUCCUGCGACGUGGCACAGCCGGGAAACGUCUCCUAUCAGUUCGCAUCCUGUAACGUGGCAGCCAUCAAAAGAGGGAGACCGAUUAAUUGGCCGUGUUAUUCUUAACAAAAGAACAACCAUGCCCAAAGAAUCAGGUGCAUUAUUGGGUCUGAAAGUGGUUGGAGGAAAAAUGACAGAUUUAGGACGUCUUGGUGCUUUCAUCACCAAAGUAAAGAAGGGUAGCCUGGCAGAUGUAGUUGGACACCUAAGAGCAGGGGAUGAAGUUCUAGAGUGGAAUGGUAAACCCCUGCCGGGAGCAACAAACGAAGAAGUUUACAACAUUAUUUUAGAAUCAAAAUCAGAACCUCAAGUUGAAAUUAUUGUUUCAAGGCCUAUUGGUGACAUCCCCCGGAUCCCUGAGAGUUCCCAUCCUCCCCUGGAGUCCAGCUCAAGUUCCUUUGAAUCUCAGAAGAUGGAAAGGCCUUCCAUUUCUGUUAUUUCUCCAACCAGCCCUGGAGCCCUGAAAGACGCCCCCCAAGUCCUGCCAGGGCAACUCUCUGUGAAGCUGUGGUAUGAUAAAGUGGGACAUCAGCUGAUUGUGAAUGUUCUACAAGCAACUGAUCUACCCCCUAGAGUAGAUGGGCGUCCCAGGAAUCCCUAUGUAAAAAUGUAUUUUCUUCCAGAUAGAAGCGACAAAAGCAAAAGAAGGACGAAGACAGUGAAGAAAAUUCUAGAACCAAAAUGGAACCAAACCUUUGUCUACUCCCACGUACAUCGGAGGGAUUUCCGAGAGCGAAUGUUAGAAAUUACCGUGUGGGAUCAGCCAAGAGUCCAAGAGGAAGAGAGUGAAUUCCUUGGAGAGAUCCUCAUAGAAUUGGAAACGGCACUUUUAGAUGAUGAGCCCCAUUGGUAUAAACUCCAGACACAUGAUGAAUCUUCACUACCUCUGCCUCAGCCGUCCCCGUUCAUGCCAAGGCGGCAUAUUCAUGGAGAGAGCUCCAGCAAAAAACUACAAAGAUCUCAGCGAAUCAGUGAUAGUGACAUCUCAGAUUAUGAGGUUGAUGAUGGUAUUGGAGUAGUGCCUCCAGUGGGUUAUAGAUCUAGUGCUAGAGAAAGUAAAGCAACAACAUUAGCAGUGCCAGAGCAGCAAAGAACAACUCAUCACCGCUCCCGCUCAGUGUCUCCUCAUCGCGGCGAUGAUCAGGGAAGGCCGCGCUCACGUUUACCAAAUGUGCCAUUACAGAGGAGCUUAGAUGAAAUUCAUCCAACACGAAGGUCACGUUCUCCAACCAGACACCAUGAUGCCUCCCGAAGUCCAGUCGAUCACAGAUCCAGACAUAUGGAAAGUCAGUAUUCAUCAGAACAAGACAGUGAGCUUCUCAUGCUGCCCAGAGCAAAACGAGGACGAAGUGCAGAAUGCCUACACACGACCAGACAUCUUGUUAGGCACUCUAAAACAUUACCACCCAAGAUGCCUUUGUUACAAAACGACUAUCGUUGGAUCAACAGCACAAUCCUGCCUGCACGUAUUAAGACCAGAUCGGUGACUAGACAGGACAUUCCCUUUCAGCCUGAUUGUUGUAACUCAAGAGUGCUGAGAUUGACUGAUGAGUUACCUGUUAGUGAGCUACAGCCCUCCCUUGCCAGGGCUAAGAGUGCUAGUACCAACUGCUUGAGACCAGACACUAGUUUGCAUUCACCAGAACGAGAAAGGGGUAGAUGGUCCCCCUCCCUAGAUAGGAGGCGACCUCCUAGCCCCAGGAUUCAAAUCCAGCAUGCAUCUCCGGAGAAUGACAGGCACUCCAGAAAAUCUGAAAGAUCUAGCAUCCAAAAACAGACUAGGAAAGGCACAGCCUCUGAUGCAGACAGGGUUCUCCCAUCAUGCCUUUCUAGAAGGGGAUACGCAAUCCCAAGAGCAACUGAUCAACCAGUCAUUAGGGGAAAGCAUCCCACUCGCUCCCGGUCGAGCGAGCACUCUAGUGUCAGAACCCUGUGUUCUAUGCACCACCUUGCCCCUGGAGGGUCGGCGCCACCUUCUCCGCUUCUGACAAGAACACACCGACAAGGAAGCCCAACCCAGUCUCCUCCAGCGGACACGUCCUUCAGCAGUCGUCGGGGAAGACAGCUUCCACAGGUGCCAGUUCGAAGCGGCAGUAUAGAACAAGCAAGCUUAGUAGUGGAGGAGCGAACCAGACAGAUGAAAAUGAAAGUGCACCGAUUUAAGCAGACAACAGGGUCUGGGUCUAGUCAAGAACUUGAUCGCGAGCAAUAUUCCAAGUAUAACAUACAUAAAGAUCAGUACAGAAGCUGUGAUAACGUCUCUGCCAAGUCAUCAGAUAGUGAUGUCAGUGAUGUGUCCGCCAUUUCCCGAACCAGCAGUGCCUCACGCCUCAGCAGCACAAGCUUUAUGUCAGAGCAAUCCGAGCGCCCCAGGGGUAGGAUCAGUUCAUUUACCCCCAAAAUGCAAGGCAGACGGAUGACUUCAGGAAGAGCCAUCAUCAAGAGCACCAGUGUAAGUGGAGAGAUGUACACACUGGAGCAUAAUGAUGGCAGUCAGUCAGACACGGCUGUGGGGACCGUUGGAGCAGGCGGAAAGAAGCGCAGAUCCAGCCUGAGUGCCAAAGUGGUCGCCAUCGUAUCGCGAAGAAGUAGAAGCACAUCGCAGCUCAGCCAGACAGAGUCGGGCCACAAGAAGUUAAAAAGCACCAUCCAGCGAAGUACGGAAACGGGGAUGGCGGCUGAAAUGCGGAAGAUGGUCAGACAGCCAAGCCGAGAGUCCACGGAUGGCAGCAUCAACAGUUACAGCUCGGAGGGAAACUUAAUAUUUCCUGGAGUUCGAGUCGGACCCGACAGCCAGUUCAGCGACUUUCUUGAUGGACUGGGGCCAGCUCAGCUUGUUGGCCGCCAAACCCUCGCCACCCCUGCCAUGGGCGAUAUCCAAAUCGGGAUGGAGGAUAAAAAGGGCCAGUUGGAAGUUGAAGUUAUCAGAGCCCGGAGCCUUACCCAAAAACCUGGCUCCAAGUCUACCCCUGCACCCUAUGUGAAAGUAUACCUUUUGGAAAAUGGAGCCUGUAUUGCCAAAAAGAAGACAAGAAUUGCACGGAAAACUCUCGACCCUUUGUAUCAGCAGUCCCUUGUGUUUGAUGAAAGUCCACAGGGUAAAGUUCUUCAGGUGAUCGUCUGGGGUGACUACGGAAGAAUGGACCACAAAUGCUUUAUGGGUGUGGCUCAAAUCUUGUUGGAAGAACUUGAUCUCUCCAGCAUGGUGAUUGGAUGGUAUAAAUUGUUUCCUCCGUCAUCACUGGUGGAUCCCACACUCACUCCCCUGACCCGUCGGGCUUCCCAGUCAUCUCUGGAGAGUUCAUCUGGGCCUCCCUGCAUCCGAUCAUAGUAAACUCUUAUCCUUCCAACCAAACUUCACAUUUCAGGAUAAUUAUCAGAAACCAGAUAUUUCAUGAUCAAGAGUAUUGUUGGAGACAGACAAUCAACUUGUGUUUUGCCUGUAGUAGUUUUUCCGAUGUGUCCCAAUUGUUGUUUAAAACAUGGCUUCAUAUGACAGAACAAGGCAGUUGUUCAAAUUACAGUAAGAAGAGUCGUGCUAGUGAGAGUCACUGAUGCUUCUAGCAAAUAGGAAAGAGGGAACAUCAAGUUCACACACACAC